AUGGCGUCGUCGUGGGCUCAGCACGCGCCCGUAUUCGGCGCGCACUGUAGCCAAUUCCUGGUGGAGCAAUGUCCGCUUGGCGCGCAGGUCCUAGCUGCGCCAUUGUCGCAUCAGUCUCCGUCCCCGUCGUUUGCUCAUUACCAUUCUCGCCAGCAGCACGACUCUGCGACGUUAUGCGACGAGAAUCCGUCGCUUGAUUUAUUCGCGGAGAGUGACGUGGCAGCGGAGUUCUUGAACCUUCUGGACGCCAUCACGGACGGCUCGCAGUCGGACGGGACUCCCAUCGGCAGCACCGAUUCACAGCAGCAUCGCGAUACUAACUUAUUGCACCACCAACACCUACAGCACCAGCCGUCGUCGUCCGCACCAUUUUCACCUGCCGCCUCCGCCGCCGAUCCCGCCACGGCCAUCUCCGUUUCCGCCAGCGGUGCUGCUAGCUUAUUGGCCGCAGCGCCAGGUUCGUUUGGCGAUGGUGCUAUGAUGGCAGCAGCAGCAGCAGCACCACUGGCAAACCCUGUGUCUCCGCGGCACGGGGAGUCGUUAAACUCGUUGGAGCCGGGGACGAUUCAGGACGAGGCUGCGGAGUGUACGGCGGGGUUUAACUUCACUGGCGCUCGUCUAGACGACCCCAUCGACGCUUUUCUCGGCACCCUGCUGCUCGCGGAUCCGGGGUCCGGGGGAGGCGAUUUGCUCGUGUCAUUGCCUUGCCCGUCCGCCGCUGCGGCUCGCGAUCAUAGCCCGCCGCUGCACGGCGCGCCGACGGUUAGCCAAGGCGCGGCGGAAAUGCGGGAGUGCUGGCGUCCAGACUCGUUAGUAGCACCUCCCGCGUCUACCUCGUGGGCUUCGCUGCCGUUGCACAGGGAAGAGACUCACUCGCCACUGCUGCUGCAGCAGCAGCAGCAGCAGCAACAGCAGCAGCAGCUUGUGAUAACGACGGCAGAAGGGAACGAGGCGUUGCAUGAUGGCAAUACAGUGGGGGACGUGGGCAUGGGCGGAAGCAAGGCGGGCGGAAUGGGCGGUGGGGGAGGCGAUGUGCAGCAGGUGCACGAUUUGGCGCCCCCUGUGGAGAUUUCUGCCGCGGGACUCUUUGGUGGAGCGCGUGUGGAGGGAAGCGGUGAGGGAAGUGGGGCGACAAGCAGGGAGCGGCGCGAGGAUAGUGCGAGUGGCAAUGGCAAUGCGAUUGCUGAUGAUGAUGCGUUUCGGGAUGCUGGUGGUGGUGGUGGUGGUGGUGGUGCUGCUGCUGCUGCUGCUGCUGCUGCUGCUGCUGCUGCUGCUGCUGCUGCUGCUGCUGCUGCUGGUGCAUGGGAAGGACAGCAGGUGGGCGAGCUGUUGGGCGCACAGCAGUGGCUUCAUACUAAUAAUAGCAGGCGACUGGCAGCUCUCAUCAGCCAAAUAAGCCACGCCGGCAACGCCAAGGCCAAGGCUAAGGCCAAGGCCAAGCGCAGGGCGGGGCAUGACGCUGCUGCACCAGCAGCAGCUGGCGCAGGGGGAAUGAGGAUGAUACACGAGCAGGCGGGUCUAGCAAACGGCCUGGAGCGUGGCUUGGAGGAGGGAGGGCGAGAGAGCGCGUCGGGCCUGCAUGGCCGAGGCACAGGCGGUGAUGAGGGAAGGCUCGCAUGUGGGCGUGGUGGGGGCGGUGGUGUGCAGGAGGCGCAUGGCGAGGAGUCAGGCAGCAAGCGGCGGGCAGUGCAGGCGCGAGAAGCAUCGCAUGUCCCACCCUCUGCAGCGCUCAGCUCUCAGCACCUUGCUGCUGCCACUGCGGCACCUUCCUUCCCUCCUAAGCCCACUACUAGCGCUGCUGCUGCUGCUGCUGCUGCUGCUGCUGCUGCUGCUGCUGCUGCUGCAGGAGGCGCUGCUGCAGCGGCGCCGUCCCUACCCCACGCGUGGUCACUGCCAGGCUCGGGUCCAGACGGCCUGUCAGGAGAGGUGGACCCGUUUCUCCUCACGGAGCACAUCAGCCGCUGCGCGCCUGCUCUCGCCCUCGCCCCCGCCAUGCUCGCUGCCCCGCACGACCCCUUUGCCACCCGGCAGCUGCAGCUGCCGUCACUCGCUGCAGUUCCGUACACACGAGCUUCCUCCCAGGCGCUCCCAUGUCAUUCGGGCAGAGAGGGUGUGUCGGCCUCUCAUCCCCUCGCGUACCACUCUCUGCUGCCAACUGCGCUGCCCGUGCCGCGGCCUGUGCGUGCGCGCGUGCACAAGGGCAAGAGCGAUGUGGGCAUGGACGAGGUGAGGCAGCUCGUGCUCGCCCUCGCUGAAGCCAUCGCCACCGCUGACACGGUCAGUGCCCCCUCCCUGCCCUCUUCUCCCCCACUAUCCGUCCCUCCCUCCCUCCUUCCCUCCCUCCCUCCCUCCCUCCCUCCCUCCCUCCCUCCCUCCCUCCCUCCCUCCCUCCCUCCCUCCCUCCUCCCUCCCUCCCUCCCUCCCUCCCUCCCUCCCUCCCUUUUCUCACCACCCCACUUCAUCCAUGCCGCGCUAUUUCCCUUUCCUUUUCAAUACAUGUCUUCGUCUCUCGCGCCUGUCUUCUUUCUAUCAUAUCCUCCUAUCUUCCCAGCCUUGACUUGGCCCUUUCCCUCUCCCCGACCGGGUGACAGGGCUGCGGGCGCACGUGGCAGCAGCAGCGUGUGCGGAGGGCAGGCCGGGGCAGCGAGGGCGCACUGCUUCCUGGACGCGCUCACCACCCGCCUGCACGGCACCGGCGCCCUUCGCCUUUACAAUGCCGCCUUCUCCUCCCAGGUUCGGUUCGGCGCCCAUGCACAUGUGGUGGGCGUGCCGUGCCAGUCGUUUCCAGGCGGGGCAGCGGAGGUGAAUGUGUGCAGGAGGUACAGAAGGCGAGGGGCGUUUGCAGGACAUGCUCCAGUCAGUCGCGCCAUGUGUACUUCACCACCACGCCCCAACCUUACGUUCCUUGUCCCACCACGUUCCCCCGCGGUCUCCUCUCUCUCUUCCCCCGUUGCAUCUCAGGACAUGCUGCAGUCGCGACAAGUGUAUUUCACCACCACGCCCUUCGUCCCCUUCCUCUACGCCACCGCCUAUUCCGCCAUCCUGCAAACCUUCUCCCGCUCCUCUCGCCCCUCCCCUCCCACUGGCACCACCAUUACCGCUCGCUAUCCUGCGUUUGAUCCGUGCGCGCCUCACGACACCCCCGUGUGCUCCCCCGUUACCACACAUCCUGCUGCGCCGGGCACCAGCAGCAGCAGCAGCAGCCACUGCAGCGACGGCUCAGGAGAGGUUUCUUGCUCUGGGGAAGCAGCAGCAGGAGGAGGAGGAGGAGCAGGCGCAGGAGCAGGAGUGGGACGAGCAGCGCAUCAAGCAGGGGCGAAGAGCCAAAGGGAAGGCAUGCGGAGGGGGGCGCUGCACAUAGUCGAUUUUGGAGUGUACCUGGGCGGGCAGUGGUCGCUGCUGCUGCGCCGCCUUGCCUGCCUGCCUGGCGGCCCCCCUCGCUGCGUGCGCAUCACAACCGUUGAUAACUGCCUCCGUGUCAGCCGAGCUGCCAACCACUGCACACAGCGGUGCACAGCAGGAUCAGCGGCAGAGGCAGGGGCGGGAGCGGGGGAAGCGGCGGGAUGCGGAGCAGAUGGUGUAGGAGGCAGGGGAGUGGGAGACGUGUGGGUGGAGGAGGUGGGGGGUGCGGAGCAGUGCUGGGUGGCAGAGUGUGAGCGGCAGAAGCACGAGGAGCUGGGGAGGAUGCUCACUGCACAGCUCACAGCAGAGGCGGCCGCGCUGGGCAUAGAGAGGUUUGAGCACCGCGUGGUGACGAUUAACAAGGAUAACCUCGCAGAUAGCCUCUCCCAGGUGGAGGGCCGGCGCAGAUGGCAGGGCCGCGGUGGCAGUGGGACAAGGAGGAUGCGUGGAGGGGUGCAGGAGGGGGGUGUUGAGGAGUGGCAAGGGGAGGGGUGUGAGGAGGAGGAGGAAGAGGAGAAGGAGGUGGUGGCGGUGUGCUGUUGUUUGGAGCUGCAAUACUUCCACGACAGCUCUAUCAUGCGUAGCAGCCCUAGAGAUGCUGUUCUCAAGUGGGUGGCCUCCCUCGCUCCGGACAUCUUCACCUUCAUGGAGACUGACCUGUCGGCCAACGGCCCCUUCUUCCUCUCGCGCCUGCGCAACUGCCUUGACUACCACGCCGCGCUCUUUGAGUGCCACGAGGGCCUCUCCGCAUGCCCUGCCCCCAGCCACGCGCCCCAGCCAACCAAACUCCACCAGCAGCGGCGCAACCAGCAACCACAGCAGCAGCAGCAGCACCAUCUGUCAACCGACGCACAGCCCUGUGCACAAGGCGCGGUGGGCAGUGCUGACACCAGCUGGUCCCAAGUCUGCAUGUCCUCUCUCUCACUAGCCACUGAGAAGCCCGCACCACCCACCCCCGCGCCUUCCCCCCUCCUCGAAACGCCCUCUCGCCGCGACCACAUCCUGGCAUUUGAGCGGGCCUUCUUCGGGUACAACAUUGUAAACAUGGUGGCCACCGAGGGCAUGCAGCGCUCCGUGCGCCCGGAGAGCCUGGUGGAGUGGGCGCAGCGCAUUCGGCACACGGGGUUUGUGCCGCUGGCGGUGCCGGCAGACGUGCUGGAGGAGGCGUAUGGCACCAUCCGCAGCACCCCCCCGGGGCUGGGCAUGCUGGCCACAGAGGGCGCCGUGCAGCUCACAUGGCAUGGCCGACCGCUGCUCAUGUGCACUCUCUGGCAAGUGCCGUGGGUCAUGGGUUGA